UCGACGUAUACUCUAUAUUUAAUCACUAAUUUCAAUGACAGAUUCAUCGGAAAAUGAACGCAUUUCCUUGGUGGCAAAUCAUCUUAGUCAGUAUAUAAGUUCAGAGUAUAAUCCUGGAAAUGUUGACUUCAACAUCCUCUCCACCAUCAGAUAUGAUCCCAACAUCACAAAACUCCCACCAUUGACCGUCGAAGACAUUUCCAUGGUCAACUUCUUUCUCCUUGACGAACAUUAUCAUAGACUAUUGUACACACUUCGGUAUUUCACAGCUCAAGAGGGACAAGAACUUCAAUUUGAAGUCACUAAAGAGUUUUUAUUUGAGAAAUUGGUGGAUGCCAUAAAAGCGUCUGAUUUACAAGUAUUCCAACCCAUGAAGGUACGAUUAUUGGUAUCAUUGAAAGGUGAAAUAACCAUUGAAUUGUAUGAAAUACCUUAUCGUCAAAAUUUGCUAGAUGGGAUUGUUGAUAGUAACAUAAGUGAACCUGUAGUGUGGGAUGUUCGUGUGGACUCCAAGGAGACUUUGAUUUCUCCCUUCACAUCGUUUAAGACGACACAUCGAGCAGUCUACACCGAUGCAAGAGAAAGAGGGAUCCCAGGAAUUAAUCCUGGUCGAGAAGAGGUUCUUUUGGUUAACACUCUGGGUCAAUUAAUGGAAGGAUCCAUAACAAAUGUCGCCGUAAAGAGAGUUUCCGAUGGUGUCUGGGUUACCCCUGUUCUAACAUCUGGAUGUUUGUGUGGGGUUAUGAGAAACUACUUGAUCCGUGAAGGUUAUGUCGAAGAAGACGUUAUUCGAGCUCUGGACGUAACUCCAGGUUCGGAUGUGCUACUUUUCAAUGGUAUCAUGGGUGUGGUCAAGGGGAAAGUGGUGGAACGUACAUAA